ACUGAUUCACUGCUGUGACAUCACCCGCGCCGCCACGCUUAUAAGUUGCCGGUGGCCGCACGCUCAAGACAUUCGCUCGCCGCAGUAGCAGCAGCAGCAGCUUCAUCGCGAGAGGAAACGACAGCAUCUGUGCCACCCCAACCACGCAGAGCGACGAACCCCGGGUGGUGCCCCUGCCCACGCACGCGAGAAGCAAAACCGACAGCGCAGCGAGCGGUGCCGACCGGCCGGUCAGCAUGCAGAGCGCCCUGGCGAGGAGCGUUAUGGCGGCAGUGACGAUGUCUCUGCUGGCCCUGAGCGGAGCGCCCGGGGCGACGGCCUUCCUGUCCACAAACGACACGCAGCUGAGCGCGCUGCUCUCGCGACAUCUGGAGCCGGAUGAGCUGGCGGGUCCGGAGGCAGAGGCGGGCCAGCGUCGCGUCCGCCGCGCCAUCGACGAUGCGGACAAGGCGUCCAUCCUGGAGCUCCACAACAAGUUGAGAGGGCAGGUCUACCCAGCCUCCUCCAACAUGGAGUACAUGACGUGGGACGAGGAGCUGGCGCGCUCGGCCACGUCCUGGGCGGCGCAGUGCAACUGGGACCACGGGCCCAGCCACCUCCUGCCGUCCAUCGGGCAGAACCUGGCCGUGCACUGGGGCCGCCACCGGCCACCAUCGUUCCACGUGCAGGCUUGGUACGACGAGGCCAAGGACUAUCAGUACCCCUACGAGCAGGAGUGCAACCCCUGGUGCCCCUUCCGCUGCAACGGGGCGGUCUGCACGCACUACACGCAGCUCGUCUGGGCGACGACCAACAGAGUGGGUUGUGCCAUCAACACCUGCUACAACAUGGACGUGUGGGGCCAGAUCUGGGAGAAAGCAGUCUACCUGGUCUGCAAUUACUCACCCAAGGGAAACUGGAUUGGGCUCUCUCCGUACAAGUCCGGCCGAGCCUGCUCCGAGUGCCCCCCCAGCUACGGCGGCAGCUGCCGGGACAACCUCUGCUACAGAGACGGCAGCUACUCCCCGGAGGAACCCGAGGAGGAGGAGACGAACCGCGUGGACUACGUGCAGAGGCCCGAGCGGCGGAGGCGGCCGCGCCCCCGGCCCACGCGCCCGCCCAGCCGCGGCCGCACGGUCACGAGCCACGACAAGAUGUCCCAGCUCGUGAGCUGCGACGCCAAGUUCCGCGACAAGUGCAAGGGCAGCACGUGCAACCGGUACGAAUGCCCUCCAAGCUGCCUGCAAGGCAGCGGCAAGGUGUUUGGGACCCUGUUUUACGAGGUGAGCUCAAGCAUCUGUCGAGCGGCGCUGCACUAUGGCAUCCUGGACGAUGAGGGCGGCUGGGUGGACAUCACACGCCAGGGCCGCAAGCCCUUCUUCAUCAAGUCCCAGCAUAACGGCGUGCAGGCACUCAGCAAACACAAGGCUUCCAACGCAUUCUCCUAUUCAGCAGUCUCUGUAAAAUCCGUAGAUUGUUCGACCACCGUGGCUCAACUCUGCCCUUACAAGAAAUCCUCCCCACACUGCCCACGGAUGUACUGCCGGCCCGGCUGCGUGAACGCGGAGAGCGAUGUCUACGGCUCCAAGGUCUACGCUGACAAUUCAAGCAUUUGCCGAGCGGCCAUCCACGCCGGGGUCAUCACCAACUCGCAGGGCGGCUAUGUGGACGUGAUGCCCGUCGAUAAGAAGAAUCACUACGGCAGCACCCACCAGAACGGCAUCCUCUCCAAGAGGACACGGAACCCUGCGGGAGGCAAGGCAUUCCGUGUAUUUGUGGUCGGAUGAGAGCUCAGGGGGAGGUGCAAUUCCAAAUCAUCGGCUGCCUCCAAACCGCUGAGGGUACGACGAAGAGAGCGCCUAAAGUUUCCUGUGACCCGGGGCCUCGACGUCAAGCCAGACAACAGCGUGCCGCUGUCACACACCUGCACAGACAUCCAGCCUCCUGCCACACAUUUACCCACCCACGCAACAAUAUAGCUACCCAGCCAUACAGCUGCCAAACUACCUAUCUGCACAACAGCAAUCAUUCAGCCACACGGACACAUAGCCACACAGAUAACAAACCGUGUAGAUACACAACCACGUCGUCACACACACAGCAACUUAGCCAUAGCUAUAUUAAACUGCAUAGCUAUACAACCACAUACCGACUCAUUUAACCAAACAGACACAGCCAUACAGUUACCGAAUCACAUAGCUACACAAACACCCAGUCGUACAGCCACACGCACAACCACUCAGCCACAUGGCUACCAAGCCACAUGGCUCUACAGUCACACAGUCAAGCACUCAUUCAUCUGUGGUCCAGCACAUGAACAGCGUUGUUGACAAAAUACCCUUAACAUUCAUGAACUCGUUUAAUAGAAUGCUCUUCUCUUCCCACCACGAACCCUGUGGUCUUGCUGCAAUAUGGUUUACCUUCAAGCUACACAGGGACAUCUGAGUGUCCAACAUCAUUUGUUUGUAUUUAAACGCUUUUAAUUUUGCCACCGGGCUAUCCGGCCAUAACAUUUAAUCAUGCUAUUAAAUUCCAUGGCCGAAUAGCCCUGGUGGUGACGUCUAGCUGCCGCGUAUUUUUGAAGCCCUGCGUGUUGAUUCUCAUGCAAGGUUUGUGUUGACCGCUCCCGUAUGAACCCCACGUCGACAGCCGAGUUGUGUACUGAUGCUCGUGGUUGGUUGCACUGCGGUGGCAAGCGCAGUUCCUUUAUGUGCACGGUAAUCGCUGUGUGGCACACCCCGUGCCCGACACUUCCCGUCUAUUGUCCGAGGCCCACCGUCGGUGUUCGGAUUAAACCACGAUAGCCGCAGCGCGUGUGCCGCCUGUGCCGCUUUGCGCUGCUACACGAGGCUCUGGUGUGACCCCCCCCCCCACCACGACUCCGCACUUCGGCGCGCCAUGGACUGAGUCCAAAUGUUAGGGAUGGACAGAGUUGGAAGAGCCUGGAUCGGAGCGAGCCUGUGCGUGCAGCAUUCUCAAGCAGUUUUUUGUUUAAUGUAAACAUUAGGUUUAAAUGUUCCCGAAGCAGCAUCUGCUUGUAAAACAGCCUGCAGAGUCCACACGUGUAGUCCUCUUUUUUGUUGAUACCAUGGCUUGCUUUGCCUUGUUCAAAGGUAUUUUUAUAAAGACACCCUGUAAAAUGAUAAUACAUUAUCAUGGUCCGAGUACCUUUUAGAAACAUUUUGUAAAAUUAUAUGUAAAGUGCCCACGUUGGAUGACUGUACAGUGGUUGUGUUUUAAAUGCCGAUGUUGGUAGCAUGAGCUUAACAAGUGACGUGUUUUAUACUUUGUAUUUUAUACUUUAUGCUCGCGCGUGUGAAUCAUAUUUAUGCUGAAACAGAAUGUACAUGACUAUAUCACUUACAGCUGUGCUGGGUUAAGCUCUUUAAUGCAAUAUUUCUGCUAUUGUGAUGAAUUCUCAAGACGUAUUUGACUUGGCUUUCGCUUCGUUUUUUAGCGUAGAACUUUUGUCGAGUGUACAGUUACAUCGUCUGACCACAUUUCUCCACCCGAAUGUUUUUUGUUUGUUUCUGUUGUAAGUUUGUAAUAUAUAAACCGUGGACCGCCACGACAUUUGAUUUACUGGUAAGCAUCUGUCUCAAGUAAACCAUUGGAAUUAACAAACCGUGCAUAUAUAUUAAUGAUAUUUUUGAAAAAUAAAGGAAUACAAAUUUUAGAAUUGAAAAAGAAAUGGAAA